UCUCUCUCUCUCUGGUAUUAACUCAAGUUUUUACGUGAAGAGAACUUCAGACUUCUUCAAAAUAUUAACUGUAAGGGACAGAGCUUCUUCUGUCUUUCUCUUUGCUUUUAUUACUUCAAAUCAGAACAAACAUUUCUUACCGUCUUCCCCACUCUCUGUCCUGACACACCCCAUUUAACUUCAUUACUUACUCCAUCUUCUAGGGAUCCCAUUUCUUACUUGACCAGUUGACCCUCAAUUCUCUCUCACUAUCUCUGCUAAUGUCACCCAUAUUUUCUUCUGAUUUAACCUCUUUUUCCUGCUUUUUUUAGCAAUUACUUUUAUUCUUUUUUAAAAUCAAUCUUUAAUUGAAAAAAAAUCCAAUCUUUACUCAGAAGUCACCAAAAAGGAAAGUACUUGCAGGAGAUACUAAUUGGAGUUUCUGUGGUUAUAAUGAAUGUAUGGUGGUCAGAUUGGUUAAAAUGCUUCAAAGUAGAGGAGGUUGAAGUUGGCAAAGUGGGAUUUUGCGUUUGAUUUUGGAUGAAAUAAUGGAGGUCGAGAAAAAACGUUCAAAGGGGGGCUUUCUUCAUUUGUUUGAUUGGAAUGGAAAAUCUAGGAAGAAGCUGUUCUCAAAUAAUCCUGAUUUUGAUGAUGAACCGAAGAAAGUAAAAGAAAAUGUUGGGAAGAUGGCUAAGUCACUGCUUAAUGUGCAGAUAGAGGUGGAUGAGAGUCUAGUGAGUUCAAGUAAUAAGGCUAUUAGUGAUCUUAAUUGUGCUUCAUCAGCAACUAAUGAUGAAGGUUAUGGGGCUAGAGCACCUGGAGUAGUUGCUAGACUUAUGGGAUUGGAUUCGCUGCCAACAUCUAAUGUUCCUGAGCCUUGUUCAACUCCACAUGUUGAUGUACAAUCCCUUAGAGCAUCUCAUUAUGAUAGGAAUAUCCCCAAUAUGUGGAGUGACCACUCAGUGCAACACCUUAACAUUCCUAACAAAGAGUGUUUAAGUCAUAAUCAAGUUGAUUCAAGGGUGCAUAAGGUGCAGAACCAACCAAUUGAGAGAUUUCAAACUGAAGUGCUGCCACCAAAAUCAGCUAAAUCAAUACCGAUUAGCCACCAUAAGCUUCUGUCUCCUAUCAAGAGUCCUGGGUUCAUCCCAACAAAAAAUACUGCCUACAUUAUGGAGGCUGCUACAAAGAUAAUUGAGGCAAGUCCCCAGACAACUACCAAGUAUAGAAGGCAAUCUGUUGUUCCUUCGGUUCCCUUGAAAAUUUGGGAUUUGAAAGAGAAAAUUGAAGCUGCACAUAGAGUGUCAAGACCUCAAAAAUCUAAUGAGUCAGUUUCUGCAAGGUAUACAAAAGGACAGCAUAUUGGCCAGAGCCGUGGGGGAUCAGUGUAUCGUGCUGUGAAGGCUUCAGUACAUCUGGAAAAAAGCAAUCCUGAGAACACAAGAAAGAAGGAAAAAUUAGUUUCAGUUACGGCACAAGCAAAGGUCGAUAUUCAGAGAGAAGAGGGAUCAACCUUGAUUAGUAGUAGGAGUUCAACCAACCAUAAGGAAAAGAGUGAUGUGAAAGCAAAUCAGUCUUUCAAGAGCCAACCAGAUACCCAAAGGUCAGCACAGAAACGAAUUUCUGUGAACAGGGCUAGCAGUGUCCUUAGGCAGAAUAAUCAGAAGCAGAAUUAUAUAUCAAAUAAAGACACUUCAUCUUCAAAGACUAAAGUUCUCAAUCAGCAAGGCAGGGAAGCUAAGUCCACAAGUGGUACUAUCAAGCCAAAGAGGAGCAUAAAUAGGGUGGCUGCCAAUGCUGAAACUGGUUCUAGAAAGACAGACUUAACAACCAAUAAUACUGGAAAUGACUUUUCAUCGUCUAAAGUAAAGAAUCUCUCUCAAAAGAAACAAUCUGCAAUUGCAAAUACUCAAUUUGAAGAAAGUAUUGCUAAUAAUGGAUUGAACAAGAAAGAUGAAAGAUCUGUAAAAUGUAAUGUGGCAAGUGAAGGAUCCAUGAACUGGGGUGCAGAUAAUAGAAAGAAAGGAAUGGACAUUGUUUCAUUUACAUUUUCAUCUCCCAUAAGAUCCAUGGCUGACUCUCAGUCCUCCAGUAGAGUAAUGGAGAGGAAUUACAGCUUCGAUAUUGAUUCCUUUGCAAAGAAUAAUCAGCACUACUUGAAGAAUUCAACUUCCGGGUUUAAUAUUAGUGCUGGUGAUGCUUUGAGUGUUCUUUUAGAACAAAAACUCAGGGAAUUAACAAGUAAGAUUGAGUCAUCCCACAAUAAUAUGAUCCAAGAGAGUACUACUGGUAGUUCUGCAUCCAAUUUACAAGACCUAAUGACCGCAUUUGAUGCAAUUAGCAUUAAAUCUCCCCAAUAUGACAAGAGGGUUCAACUUGUUUGUGAUGAAGAUACAUUUGCUGGCCUUGACAACUCCUCUUGCUCUGUAAUUGACAGCCAGAAGUGGCAGUACCUACAGUCUGAAGAAAUGGAAAUUCAUAUCAGUAGCAGCAAUGAAGAUGAUGCUGUUACAGAAGAUUGUCAAAGUUCUUGCGCCAUGUCAAGUUUUGAACCCUCAAUUACAAGUAUGAGCUGCUCAGAUAGCAGAAACAGUGCUGACGAAAGCAAGCAAUUUCUGUUGGCUCUAGAUCAGUCAGAAUUCAGUUGGCUCCCUACUAAUUUAUCUGUUCCUGUGAAUGAGGAGACAGAUUUAGCUGAUUCAGCAUCUUCUACAUUGGUGGGAAACAUAAACAAAAGACAUAUAAAUAGAUCAUUCAGUUUGGUAGAUGCUGAGGAAUCGAGCAGCUGGGAACUUGACUACAUGAAGGAAAUACUCGACAGUGCAGAACUAGUGAUGAACAAGUUUGUGUUGGGUCAGACUGACCAAGUCAUAACACCAAAUCUCUUCAAUCAGUUGGAGAAUCAGAAAAAUAAAAUGGGAAGUAAUGGGGAUGAGUACCUCAAGCUUGGAAGAAAGGUUCUGUUUGAUUAUGUACAUGAAUGCCUGGAUUUCAAAGGCCAACAAAUUUUUGUCAGAAGCUUUAAGGGAUGGGCUAAAUGUGUAACAGUCUUUCAGAGGAAGGAUUGGCUGGCAGAAGAAUUAUACAAGGGGAUCCGGGGUUGGAAUAACAUGGAAGAUUUAAUGGUCGAUGAACUUGUAGACAAGGACAUGAGCUCACAAUAUGGCAAAUGGCUCGAUUUUGAAGUAGAAGCAUUCGAAGAGAGUACAAAGAUGGAGAAUAGUAUAUUAACUUCUUUGAUCGAUGAACUGGUUUCAGAUUUUUUUCGCUUCUAAAGCCCUUCUUUAAGGUAUUUUUUCUUUUCCCCAAAUUCUAGUUUAUCUAUAUUAAUUGUUGCCUGCUGAAUCUAGUUCCCUUUCCUUUUCAGAAGUAAAGAAAAUGUAUCAUUCAGAAAGUAUCCAUUCAUAUUCAAGCUUGUAUAUUUCCGUUAGGUGUCACGUUUGAUCGCUAUACAGGGUAUCUGUAUCACUGUACAUACAAGAAUUUUGCAGCAUGGUACAGUCCGUGCCGCAAAAUUUCUGUAUAAUAAUAAUAAUAUACCAGCUCUCCUCCAUGAUAGCAAAA